ACAACGAUGAGACAGAUGUCUUUUGAAGUUUUUAGAAUCGUGUCUCCAAGCUCAGAUGUCCCGAAGCACGUGAGGCUGCACUGAUCUUAGCGACUUAGUCUCAGCUAUAUGAGUCUGAGGAUGGAGAGAGCAUAUCACAAAUGUCCAUCCCUUCUCAGCAAUCAUUUUUCUUCAGUACACUUUUAUUCGUCUGCAUGCUUUCUCGAUCUCUGCUGAAAUUCCAGAUUCGGACUUUCCAGCAGAUUCACGAGGUGGUAGAAAAGACGGGGACCGAAGUCGACGACAUUCUUUGCACUGCGUGUUACUGAAAGCAAUAGAAACACAACAUCAGCGGGCGGAGUACUUCAGUGACUCUCCGAAUAUCCUUCGGUAAUCCGGAUGGAAAUAGCAAGGCUGGACAACCUGGCUCUUGUCUCAGGGCUGGUAGCGGCUGUGGUGUCCUACUUAUGGUUAUACAGAUGGAAUCAGCGAAAUCAUGUUGGACCCAAGACAUGGCCCAUUUUGGGCUCUUAUCUGGAGAUGAUGGCCAACUGGAAUAGAUUACAUGAUUGGAUCACCGAUUACAUGAAAGUGCUUCCAACACCCACGCUUACUGUAAAUGUCAUGGGCAGUAAUGUUUACUUCACUGCGAGCCCCCAAAACGUCGAGUACAUGCUCAAGACAAAUUGGACCAACUACAUCAAGGGACCUAUUUUGUACGAGACUGCAAAUAUCCUGUUUGGAGAUGGCAUAUUCGUUGUGGACGGGGAGAAGUGGAAGGUUGUCCGGAAGGUUGCGAGCUUGGAGUUCAGCUCCGCAAAGCUCCGUGACUUCAGCACUGAAAUCUAUUGCAGAGAUGGAGUUCGACUUGCCACCAUCCUAGAUGGAACGGCUGAUACCGGCAAUAAAGUGGAUCUCCAGGACCUCUUAAUGAGAAUGACGAUGGACUCGGUUUGUAAAAUCGGGUUUGGAGUAGAUCAAAGAAGCUUGCGUGCCGAUCUACCUCAAGUGAGCUUUAUUGAUGCUUUUCAAAGGAUGGGAAAACUGGUCCAGACAAGGCAAAUUGGUCCUAUGUGGAAGUUGAGAAGAGCUUUGAAUAUAGCUGAAGAGAGGGAGAUGGGCCAACUUCGGAAAGACAUGGACAAGUUUCUCUACAACAUAAUCAAAGAUCGAAAAGUGGAGAUCGAGUCCCUCCAAAAUGAAGGCCAGCUAAAAGAGAACAAUUUACUUUCGAGGUUCAUGCUGUUCAAAGAUGAAGAAGGUAAGAAAUUGUCGGAUGAAUGGUUGAGAGACGUUACUAUAAACUUCCUUCUGGCUGGACGCGACACGACGGCAGGUACUCUCGCAUGGUUCGUCUACCGCACCUGUACGAGACCUGACGUAGUCGAAACGUGCCGUGAAGAAUUGGUCAGAGUUCUGGGCCAUCCAGCUGACGACAGUAUUUCUAGCUUUGCGGACCUUCUCAACUACGAUUCAGUGAAGGAUUUGCACUACCUUCACUCCGCGAUCACCGAAACUCUCCGAUUAUACCCUGCAGUCGCCAACGACCCCAAGUACGCUGUAGAUGACGAUAUUAUGCCGGAUGGCACCCGUAUUAAGAAACAGUGCACUGUAAAUUACCACCCGUAUGCAAUGGGGCGGUUACAAAGCAUCUGGGGUCCUGAUGCUGAAGAGUUCAAGCCCGAACGGUGGAUGAAGGACGGAGUCUUCCAACCAGAAUCGCCUUUCAAGUUUACAGCUUUCCAGGCGGGACCUAGAAUUUGCUUAGGUAUUGGCACAUCAUACUUACAAAUGAAGUUAGUGGCUGCGAUAUUGCUACAGUUCUUCAACUUUCAGCUUGUACCCACUAGUGAGGUUAUGUAUAACGUGAGUAUGGUACUGACACUCACACUGAAAAACGGUCUCGAUGUCACCGUAUCACGGCGGUGAUCACGGAGGCGGUUCUGUUUAGAUUGGAACUGAAUGAGUCGAGUUGACUGUUCUAAUUAGCUGCACACUUUAAUUCUAUGUCAUUGCUUCUCUCCUCUUAAUGUUGUGGCCGUAAGAAAGGCUUAUUAUACACAUUUUUCCCUACUAAUUGUUGUCGUAAUUUAUGUAAAUAUUUUAAGUAAAAAUGAGUGAAAAUUCUCUUUCACUCAUCUGUAUUUUUCCAC